ACCUCCUCUCGUUCCCAACUCUACAAUGUGGUCAAGUGUUCUUGGAAAUGUCGCGCUGACUUCCUCCGUGAACAUGUCAUCAUAAAACUCCCUAAAGCCAAUCCCUACAACCACAACAUCAUGGCCCCGGCCUUACUCACGGCCGUGGACUCGACCUCCCACAUCCACCUCAUCAUCGGCUCCAAUCCCCUCGCCAGCGCUCGAUGCGCCCGCUCACUCGAAGUCGGCGCAAAGCCCAUCCUCAUCGCCCCGGAGAACAGCAGCAAUCUACACUACGGCUUAUUGAAAAGAGUAGAAGACCACCAGAUCCAGUGGAUCAAGCGCGACUUCGAGGACGCCGAUCUCAAGACUUUGGGGCGAGAAGAGGUGGACUACAUCGUUGAUGCCGUCUUCGUCACCUCGCGCGCACGCAACGCGCAGGCCACGCACAUCUCGACGCUGUGCAGGCGCCUCCGCAUCCCUGUCAAUGUCAAUGACUCCUCCAAUCUGUCCUCCUUCACCCUGCUAUCUACCCAUACUUCGGGGCCUUUGCAGAUUGGCGUGACGACGUCGGGCAAGGGGUGCAAACUCGCUUCACGCAUUCGGCGAGAUAUCGCCGCUUCUCUCCCGUCGGAUAUUGGCGAUGCGGUGGAAAGAUUGGGAACAGUGCGCAGGCGCAUCAUUGAGCAGGACUAUGCCAACGAGGCGGCGGCGGAAAUAGAUGCAGAGGAUGAUGAUGCAGGACAAAAUGCCGCUUUCAACAAACUCAUCACCCCCUCCGACGCCGAGGCGGCAAAGGCGAGGCGCAUGCGCUGGCUGAGCCAGAUCUGCGAGUACUGGCCGCUGCGCCGACUCGCCGCCAUCACCGACGCCGACGUGGAUGCCAUUCUCGCGGCGUACACCCGCGAAACUACCCACCAACCCUCCCCAGCCUCAGACAAAGCACUCUUGAACCCAGGUGCCUUGGACGCCCGGCGCAAUAAAGGCCGCAUCAUUCUCGCGGGCUCUGGCCCAGGCCAUCCGGAUCUCCUCACAACCGCGACGCUGAAAGCAAUUCGCUCCGCCGACCUCAUCCUAGCCGACAAACUUGUCCCCGGUCCCGUCCUCGACCUCGUCCCCCGUCGCACACCCAUCCACGUCGCGCGCAAAUUCCCCGGCAACGCCGACGCUGCGCAAGAAGAAUUACACCAGCUCGGCCUCGCGGCGCUGCAAACAGGCCAGACAGUACUCAGACUAAAGCAAGGCGAUCCAUACUUGUACGGUCGCGGGGCGGAAGAAGUGGCCUUUUUCCGCACACACGGCUACGAAGCUACGGUUCUGCCGGGCAUCACGUCGUCUCUCAGCGCGCCGCUCUUCGCCAACAUCCCCGUCACGCACCGCGCCGUCAGCGACCAAGUGCUCGUGUGCACAGGCACAGGCCGCAAAGGCGCCUCCCCCGACCCACCGCCCUAUCUCCGCAACCAAACCGUCGUGUUCCUCAUGGCAUUACACCGUCUCCAAGAUCUGGUAGCCAGUUUGACCACGCAUUCCACCUCCCCAUACCCGACAUCAACACCUUGUGCGAUUAUCGAGCGCGCUUCGUGCGCGGAUCAGAGGGUUAUACGCUCUUCUUUGGAGUUUGUCGUUGCUGCUGUUGAGGAGGAAGGGAGUCGGCCGCCCGGUUUGUUGGUUGUGGGGCUUGCUUGUGAGGUUUUGGGCAAGAGUCCGCUCAAGUGGGUUGUUGAGGAGGGGUUUCAUGGGUUAGAUGGAUUAGACGGCUUGGAUGGGGGGUUUGAGGUUUUGGAUGCUGAGACUGGGGGUGAGGCGGUUGCUUUGAGAGGCGAAAAGAUGGAGGCUGCGGCGGUUGUGGAGGCGGUGUGAAUUGGAUUUAUGAGGCUAUGUUGUGUCGUUUGGAAGAUACCCGACUGCGUUGGCUUACAGCAUAGAUGAAUACGUUAGACCGCUAGAUUUAUACUGAAAGGACUACAUGUGGACA